UGAAAGGAAAGACUAGCGUGUUGACCUCCCUUCAUUUGGAUAGGGUGUAAAGUUCGCAAAGGUGGAAAAUCAUUCCCUUUGUGUACGGCAUGCCUUUGUUAAUCUUUAAUCUCAUUACACUUCCUCAAGUUUGUGAGGGUUGGCACAGGAGAGAGAAGUGCUAUACUGACUGAUUUUUUGCGUUGAAUUGAAAGCAUAAACUAGUACUUCAAAUAUGAAUGGGAGCGAAAGCAACGGGACAAAUGCCACCCUACCGGACGAAUACAGGAUCAGCCUGGUGGUUCUCUACGUGCUUGUCUUUAUUGGCGGGAUCAUCGGGGUGAUAAUGAUGAGCACCACCCUUAUGUCCAACAUGCUGUCUGUCACCAGAGUGUCAGUGAUCAACCUGCUGGUGAUGCACGUGAUCUUCCUCCUCACUGUACCCUUCCGUGUCUACUAUUAUGCCUCCACUCACUGGAAACUAAGCUUCAUCUUUUGCAAGCUGGUCAGCAGCAUGCUUCAUGUGCACAUGUACCUCAGCUUCAUCUUCUACGCCAUCAUACUGUGCACACGAUACCUGGCUUACUUUCAAUGGAGACACCGACUGGAAUUCUACCGAGAUCUGCAUGCUGUAAUAGCCAGUGUGACCAUCUGGGUCAUCAUUUUGGCUAUCAUUCCCCCUUCUACCGUUAUCUUUUAUGGAUCAGGAACACCUAGUAAUAACGCUCAGUGCUUUGCCUUUGGAAUUGCUCUGAACAAUACAAAUGUGAAAGUGCUGAACUACAUCAUCUGCGUUGUGGUGCUGUUGAUCUGGUUGAUCUUGGCCUCAUGUCAGUGUUACAUAUUGUGGUGCGUGUGCCGAAAGCAUGGGAAAGCCUCUUUGGCUCAUCAAGAGUUCUGGGCUCAGAUCAAGAGCCUGUGCUUUGUGCUGAUCAUGCUCAUUUGCUUUGUGCCAUACCAGGCCUUCAGGAUCUACUAUGUAUGCACAUAUUGGCAAGGACUUGAAAAAGUCAAUGAGGUUUUUCUGGCUGUCACAGCUUUCAGCUGCUUUGACAUGCUAGUGUUUGCUGGCAGCAGCGUGUGGCGACCUUCUUACAACAAAAUGUACAAAAUGUGUUGUAAUUCAUGAUUUUUAAAAUCUCUCUCUCUCUCUCUCUCUCUCUCUCUCUAUAUAUAUAUAUAUAUAUAUAUAUGUGUGUGUGUGUGUGUGUGUGUGUUUGUGUGUGUGUACAAUGUAAAUGAAAACAGAAUGCAAUGAUUUGCAAAUCUCAUAAACCCAUAUGAUAUUCCGUAUGCCUAUGUAAUGGGCAGCUUGCACAUCUGGAAAGGCACUAUCAAUGCUGAAUGAUAUAUACAGGUUUUACAGCAACUUAUGCUUCCAUCCAGAUUCCAUCCCAUCUUUACUUCUGAGAGAUUCUGCCUCUCUGAGAUACUCUUUUUAUACCCAAUCAUCUUACUGACCUGUUGCCAUUUAUCCUCGUUAGUUGCAAAAUUUUCCUCCAGCUGUUUCUUUUUAGUAACACUUACUUUUCCAGCCUUUUGUUGCCCCCGUCCCGACCUUUUUAAGACGUGCUGCGGCCGUUAAAUUCAAAAUGACCUUCUUUUUUUUUCUUAAAUUGGUACAUUUACUCGGUUUAAACAUUUUCUGUGUUUUCCAUAUUGUAUUGUGAAUGACAUGUGGGUUUGUGAGAUUUGCAGAUCAUUGCGUUCUGUUUUUGUUGACAUUUUACACAGUGUCCCAACUUUUAUGGAAUUGGGGUUUUAUAUAUAUAUAUAUAUAUAAGUUCUUGCAAAUUUGUGGCAACAGUUUGGGAAAGAAACACAUAUAGGUGUAAUGGUCAGGUGUCCACAAAUCUUUGGCCAUAUAGAGUAUGAAAGGUAAUCACCUUGUGUUGGGCCUUUAAACAACUAGUCUUAGGCCUUUGAAAAUCUCGUCUUGGGCUUUUACAGUAAUCAUCUUUUGCCUGGACAGAAAAUGUUGUUUAUUUAACAAAUAGAUCAGGUCGCAUCAAAGUGUGAGCUUCACUCCCUGGCUCAAAAGUAAUAUAUAAGUAAUAACUCUCACCCAUGAGCCAUAUCAUUGAAUUUGCUUAAACUACAGCCGGCAAAAGAUGUGAAGAAUGUUUAAAACUUGUAGCGUGCCAUCAAAAAACACAUUACUACGGGCCAUAUUCGGAGUGGAGUUAAGCACACGCGGUGAAGGAUUUGAUACCGAAAUUGACCACAUCGUCAUUCAGACCUUACAACAGACUUAAGAGCUGUUCAGAAGUUGUGCAGAAGUUAUGCACAUGGGGUGUAUUAACUUGUGCACUAUUUUAAUGUAGGACAUAAGUCCAAAUGUCUUGUGUGAUAUUGGCUGGUGCAAGAAGCGUGUAAGUGUUUAGUCCAGUGCCACCAUGUGACACUUUGAUGUAACCACAAUAUGUCACACACACACACACACACACACACACACACACACACACACACAUAUAUAUAUAUAUGAGCCAUCAAUGUAGCAGAUGAGUGCUUAUCACUUUUCUUUAUAGGAGCACACAUCAAAUCAAAGUAAAAUGGUCUAAUGGUUUGGCCGAAGAGAACAAAUUCCUAAUGUUAUGGCUGUGUUUACUGUUUAUAAAACCCGUUUUCCUGUGCAGAAACGCCCGAUAGUUUUAAGUGUCUCACCUUCCUUUUUCACUCUGUUUGUUGUUUAUUUUAAUACACAUUUCCUGUUAUGUCAAUAUUGGAAUAAUAUGGGGCUCCAGGAAAUGCACCUAACCAAGUAUGCAACCUAAGAGAUGAGGAGAUGAGAUGGCAAUAGCACUGAUUCUGUUGUAAUUAGCCUGAUUACCACAUCUUUCACCCUCAAACCUGAUCCUUCAUUAGGCCUGAACUACACUGAUGCCACUCAAUAACAGCUGCUUAGUAAUUCACUGUACAGCCAACUGGUGCAUGCACUGAGACUCCACUGGGGAUUAAAGCUGUUUUCAUUCACUGAAUAUCAGUGGAAACCAGACAUACGGUAGUUUGCAUACCACAGAUCAAAUCUAUUUAUUAUUAUUAUGAUGUUGUUGUUGUUGUUUUUUUUGUUGUUUAAACACUUACUAACUAUAUUCAUGUAUAAAGUGUAUCAUCAUUUGUAUAGCAUGUGCAGUUUCUUAUGAAUAUUCUCAUUACUGAUCCUCAUCUCUCAUGUUUUUCAUCUGAUGUUUUUCAUCAAGAGCCACAGCAAGAGCAGUAUCAAGCCAUAAGGUACAAAUAAUACAGUAUUGUCAGAUGAAUGCAAAAUAGAUGAAUUAAUGCACAGGACAAAAAAAAAAUACACAGUGCAUGAAAGAGAACAUUACUGGAUGGAUUAUAUGAGAAAGAGCCGAACGUAUUUCUCCGUGUGGCCGUAUAAGCACAGCGGCUUUGACUGUAAACUUCCCUAUCUUGGCUGCACAUUGUGAAUGUAAAGAAAGCGCUCGUCUUUCGAGACUCAUUUAAUCAUUAUUGCAUUUGGAGCACUGUGGAUAAUGAAGGCUAUCUCAUACUGCAUCCGUUGCUGCAGCCUGCACUCGUGUUAAUUCAUUAUAAAAGGUUUCCUUUGGCAGUUGUGCCUUUGUGUUGUUAAGGAAGAAUAAAGCACUAUUUAAAAGAGUCUACAUUUCUUGAUUAGAAACCUGGAUUUGUAGCAAAGAUCCUGUUAUUGUGCAGUGAAACCAGGAAGCCCAGUCUCUGAUAG